AUGUCAUUCUUACUAGGAAUACUCUUCAUAGCAAGCAUUACUUACAAAAUAGAUAUCGACAUUCAAGCAGAUAGACAAAGAAAUUGGGAAAAAUUUAUAUCAAAUGUUGCUUCGCCAAAUCCAUCAACAUUUUGGUGUACAGUGAGAAAGUUGAACAAAAAGAAAUCAAUUGACUUUUUGGUUUUAACAGAUAAAAACACAGUAUGUCGAUCACCGGAAAACAUUGUGAAAUGCUCAAGUCAUCAUUUUACUGAACGUCAUUCAUCACCUUCAGUAACCAUGGACAAUGCACAUGAUAUUGAAGAUGAUGAAUUAUGGAAAUUAUACAGUUUAGCUGAUAAAGAUGAUAUUAAACUACGUAAUAUCUAG